GGCACUAUGGAGAGCGUUGACGUCAGUGUCGGUGAGAGAGGUGCGCGCUGUAACAGGAGAGCAGCCACUGAACGCGUACAGUAGACGCGUCGACUCGCGCAGCGGAGGAGAGUAGACACACACACACCUGAGGAAUAGCGGCGCGAUGGCUGAUCAUCUCAUACAGAUCAAUGACCCUUCCGCCGCUUUCAACCGAUUCGCGCGGAAAGGUGCUCAGCGGAAGAAGAACGUGCACGAAGUUAAAAACCACAAAUUUAUCGCUCGAUUCUUCAAGCAGCCCACAUUCUGCAGCCACUGCACCGACUUUAUCUGGGGAUUUGGAAAGCAAGGCUUCCAGUGCCAAGUGUGCUGUUUUGUGGUCCACAAAAGAUGCCAUGAGUUUGUUUCAUUCUCCUGUCCAGGGGCCGACAAGGGCCCUGACACAGAUGAUCCCAGAAGCAAGCACAAGUUCAAGAUCCACACUUACGGCAGUCCCACCUUCUGCGACCACUGCGGAUCGCUGCUGUAUGGCCUCAUCCACCAAGGGAUGAAAUGUGACACCUGUGACAUGAACGUUCAUAAGCAGUGUGUGAUGAACGUGCCAAGUCUGUGCGGGACCGACCACACUGAACGCAGAGGAAGACUUUUCCUCAAGAUUGAGGUCAGCGGAGACAGACUUCACGUCACAGUGGGUGAGGCCCGAAAUCUGAUUCCCAUGGACCCCAAUGGUCUGUCAGACCCGUAUGUGAAGCUCAAACUCAUCCCGGACCCCAAGAAUGAGACCAAGCAGAAGACCCGCACCAUCCGCUCCUCGCUCAACCCCACCUGGAACGAGUCCUUCAUCUUUAAGUUGAAGCCAUCGGAUAAGGAGCGCCGUCUGUCCGUGGAGGUGUGGGAUUGGGACAGAACCACCCGUAAUGACUUCAUGGGCUCCAUGUCCUUUGGUGUGUCUGAGCUGAUCAAAGCUCCUCUGUGUGGCUGGUAUAAGAUGUUAAACCAGGAGGAGGGUGAGUACUACAACGUGCCCAUCCCAGAGGAGAGCGACAUUAACCUGGAGAUGCGGCAGAAGUUUGAGGCCUUUCAGUUCAAUAUCCACCUGCUGAAGAAAGCCAGGCUUGGCCCUGGGAAGAAAGUCAUCACUCCCACUGAUCACCGUCGCUUCAGUUUGCCAUCCGGAAACAUGAACAGAGUUCAACUCAGUGACUUCCAUUUUCUGGCUCUUCUGGGCAAAGGCAGUUUUGGGAAGGUAAUGUUAGCAGAGAUGAAGUCCACUGAAGAGCUGUAUGCCAUUAAAAUCCUGAAGAAGGACGUGGUGAUCCAGGAUGAUGAUGUGGAGUGCACAAUGGUGGAGAAGAGAGUUCUGGCCCAGAGAGAAAAGCCACCUUUCCUCACCCAGCUGCACUCCUGCUUCCAGACUGUGGAUCGUCUGUACUUUGUAAUGGAGUACAUUAACGGUGGAGACCUGAUGUAUCACAUCCAGCAAGUGGGCAAGUUUAAGGAGCCUCAAGCCGUAUUCUAUGCAGCAGAGAUUGCUGUCGGACUCUUCUUUCUUCAUAGGAAGGGAGUUAUUUACAGAGAUCUAAAGUUGGAUAAUGUGAUGUUGGACUCUGAGGGCCACAUCAAGAUUGCAGACUUUGGCAUGUGUAAGGAACACAUGUAUGAGGGCAUGACGACACGCACCUUCUGUGGAACGCCGGAUUACAUCGCCCCGGAGAUAAUCGCCUAUCAGCCGUACGGGAAGUCGGUGGACUGGUGGGCAUACGGUGUGCUCCUCUACGAGAUGCUGGCUGGACAGCCUCCAUUUGAUGGCGAGGAUGAGGAUGAGCUGUUUCAGUCCAUAAUGGAGCACAAUGUGUCCUACCCCAAAUCCCUGUCUAAAGAGGCAGUGUCCAUCUGUAAAGGGCUGAUGACGAAGCAUCCAUCCAAGCGUCUAGGUUGCAGUCCAGAGGGUGAGAGAGAUAUAAAAGAGCAAGCUUUCUUCCGCAGAAUCGACUGGGAACGGUUGGCAAACAGAGAGAUCCAGCCUCCUUUCAAACCCAAAGUGUGCGGCAAAGCGGCGGAGAACUUCGACAAAUUCUUCACCCGCACGCAGCCCAUGCUGACCCCUCCAGACCAACUGGUCAUUGCCAACAUCGACCAGAGCGAAUUCUCUGGAUUCUCUUACAUAAACCCAGAGUUCAUCCACCCAUCAACGCUUCACAGUGUGGUAUGAGACGGCCCGAUGAAGAAGAGGACCGCCCGUCCUGCUCAAACUAACUACCACAUCCACAUUAUUUAUGAACUCACCAAAUCUUUGUAGACAGUUGAAUACCCUUUAUCUGAACAUAUCUGAACUGAGGAGGGCUGGAGAAGGGGGUCUGAUGGCUGAAGGGAAUAUAUCACGAGUAUUUUAAGGCACCAAAGACAAAUGAUAAUUUUAUGAGGUUCCAUCUCGGUUAGGAUGCUGCUUGGGUACUCUAGGCUUUUUGAAAGAGAGUGAUAAUGUCUUCAGGGUAAUGACAGAUCAUCUAAUGCCUGUAUACAGAUAGAUGUUAUGUACAGGCCCAGUAUAUUUUACAAAACGAUCCCUUUUUCCAGUCCUCAGAUUCUUUAUGUGUGAAGCAUGCUGACAUGAAACAGGUUUUUGUGUCCUGUUCCUUCAAUCCUCUACUGCCAUUUCUAAUGUUCCUGAAUUAUAUAUUUGUAAAUCUCAAAUCUUGAUAUAGGAGUGCCAAAAUAUAACUGCAUCAAAAGGUUUUUUAUAUCCAGCUCUAUAUAUGCAUACUGAUUUCCUACUAGACCUCUUGGUGGUGUCUCUUAUCUUGGGCUGAAACUUGAACCCUUAUCGCUCCCCGAGUUUUAGCAUGACAACUUCCGAUCCCGUCACUGCCUGCUCGCCUGGUUCCUACAUAUUCACAUAUACACAUCUUUAUCUCUCGCUCUAAUUGUAUGAAUUGUUAUUCCUAAUUGGUAAAAUGCAGGCUUGCGCACCCGCAGAAUCCAGAUGCAGAUUUCCACAGAAUUAGAUCACCUCUCCUACUCAUCCGCUUGCAUGUUUGUUUUUAUGAAAUGCUUCAUAUAGUCAAAUGAUAAUGUUUUAUUUAACAUAUUUUACCCGGAUUAAAUCCACCUCGUAGAUUUUCUGUCACAAAAAAGUCUGCUGAUUAAAAUAUAAUAAAGAGUACUGAUAAAGAGUGGCCAAUGCAACAUUUCAAACGAGCACGAGUCUCUUUUGGUAGAAAUGGAUAUGGUCUUUGAUUUAAUGCUUGCAUGUUAUGCUAAAGAAAACUACCACUGCUACAAAAUUUACCAUUACUUUAAUGCGGAAAAAAUAUGAAAUGAAGAUCUACUAUUUAAUCUACAUUAAGUAUUUAUAAACCAUGGUAGUCUUAUGCCGCUUAUUACUGUAAUUAUUCGACAUAACAAAAGUUGCCAUUGUGAACAAAGAAUUACAGAAAAAAAUAAAAACAUUAAUUUAAUUGAAAUUAUGCCACAAUGCAAGACUCCUAAUGGUUUUCAUGUAAAGUUUUAUGACUCCCCAUUUUUGGUCAAAUGUUGGAGGGGGGUGGGAGGUCAGUUAUGUAUAACUUCUAAUAUAACCCUGUCUCUGGUAGUGUUUCUGUCCUUUGGUGAUCAAUACUCUUCGUGUUAAACUACAUGUUCUUAUCAAAGGGAGCUUUCCAGUAUAUAUCAGCUAUUUUUAUCUUUUUAGCUCUUAGUUUACGAUCAUCUUGCAUUUCUGCUCUGUGAGUACUUUUACGUAGAGCGCUAUGUUUACUGUUACACUGAAGGUACACUAUAUAUACACCAAGACUUUUGUAAAUACAGAGAAGGCAUACAUUAUCCUGCAGAUUUUAUACUAAGAACUGAAUGUGCUUUUACUAACUUAGAUGGUUUCUAUGUUUAGACGAUCCAAAAAGUUUAGUUUGGCUAAUUUGAGAUUUGAGCUGUGGCAUCUGCGAACCUUUGUUACAUGUAAUUCUUGUAUUUCUAUGCUGAUAGUAUCUAAGCUGUAUGUAGACUGACUGGGCUCUGUGCUCCUAAUACUGUACGUGUGUUUGUACUGCAGCUGCUGUGUGCAUGACGGGGAAAUCGGUGCAUGCAAAACGUGUUGCAUGAUUCCAGGGAUCCGGAGUCCUCUAGCAUGGAAUGAUUGUUACACCAAGUACCAUAUCUGUCCCACCUCAAUUCUCUUCCUUUGUCUCAUUGUUUUUGUUCCUGUCUGUGGAUGAAGGUUUAGACUCUGUAAUGUGCAGAUUCCAACCACUGAUGAGCAACUCUGUCUGAAUGAUCUGUACGACAACUGGGUAAAGACGGGGAAUUUAGUUUUACCACUCUUCAGACAUCAUUUUGUGUAUUCUAGUAAAGAAAAGUACCUCAGAAAUGCUGUAUUUACACAUUAGAUUGCUCGGUUUGGGCUCUAGUCUUGUGCCAAGCCCUCGGUGGAAAUAGUAUAGUUAUCAGGUGCACCAUUGUUCAAUUUCACCACAGAUUCAUUUUUUUGAUCUGUCAUUUAUUAGUAUGUUUUUUUUUUAGAAAUGUAAUAGACCUUCAGACGUUUAUUUCUUCAUUCGGUCAGAAGUAAAUGGAUACAUGAUGAACAAGUGGAAACAGAGCCGGUCCUCUUAUGAAGUGAUGCAGACCGUUUGUAAGUGGUUGUCUUGCAGGAUGCAGGUUUACACAAGUGUCUCACAUUGAGAGUAUUUGGGAAUGUAACGGUCACGUGUUUGAUUGUGGUUUUGCUGCAUAUGAGAUGACAUUCCAGUAUUCCCUGGACAUUUGAAGAAUAUGAACAUUCCACCAAGCCAUUUCUUAUUAGAGAUCCUAUCAGGAAUUAUAAAUAUAUAUUUAAUAUUAUUACAUUUUGGAUUCCAGGACAGUGUUUAAUUUGAAUAAGUUAAAUCACUCAUAUUUGUUUUUUUUUUCUUUACAAAAUGUCGUCCCUCUGUUCUUUGUGAAGGAUAAUGUGUAUGAAUAAAUGUAUGACAAAAGUGA